AUGCUCAUCAAGGAAUCUUACGUCGAUGUGGCGACGUCCGCCGACGGCAAGGACGGUUCCAUGCCAAAUUCCCCGGCGUCUGCCUCUUCUCCGAGAUCUACCAAGGUAACGCAAUCAUCACGGCCCCUCCAAUGGCGGGGUAGGCCGUCCUCCCAGCAACACCGAAGACUGAACCGCCGUCUCACAGUGACUGGCCCCGUCGCCCGCUUCGCCCGCCAAAUCGCCGGCCAGGGCUACAUCGUCGCCGCGCCUUCGUCCUACCACGACUUCACCGGCCCCGAGGCCCUGGCCUACGACGUCCCCGGCACCGACAAGGGCAACGCCUGGAAGGUCGAAAAGACCCUCGAGUCGUAUGACGAGGACUCCCGCCGCACCGUCGACCACCUCCUCACCCUGCCCACGUGCACCGGCCUCAUCGGCAGCACAGGCAUGUGUCUCGGCGGCCACCUCGCCGUCCGCGCCGCCCUCGACCCCCGCAUAACGGCCUGCACGUCCUACUUCGCAACCGACAUCCACACGCGCACCCUGGGCCCGCACACGGCCGCCAACGCCGCCGCCUCCGGCCCCGACGACAGCGCCCACACCCUCGACCGGCUGCCGCGCCUCGCGCACGCCGAGGUGGCCAUGAUCUUCGGCGUCAAGGACACGCACGUCCCCGCCGCGGGCCGCGACCUCAUCCGCGCCAAGCUCCGCGACGCCGGUGUCACGACGUCGUUUUACGAGUUCGCCUGGGCCCAGCACGCUUUCAUCCGCGACGAGCUCAGCAAGGGCCGCUACGACCCGGCCAUCUCAAAGGUGUGCUUUGAGGUCUUGCUCGAGCUGUUCGCACGCGUGCUCAAGACGGAUCUCGGGCCGAAGGAGAACAUUGGUGAGGUGGAGCACGUCUGCUAA